AUGAUCGAUGAACAAGUUGUUUUGACAUUACCUGAUACACAAAACGCGGAUUCAGUAUUUUUGACUCAAUCACAAGAAUUAUCACAGAAAAAGAAUAUGACGGUAUGGGGAAGAUUAUGUCCAAUUAAGUUACCCUUUAAAACAGUGGAAAUGACCAAAAAUAUAUAUACACUUGGUCGUUCAGAGAGCUGUGAUAUUGCAGUCACUAAAAAUGAGUUAAAGCCAAAGUGGCUUAGUGUAAUGAGUAAAGUACAUUUCAGAAUAACUAGAGAAUUUAUUAAUAGUACUAAUGAUGCUGUAGUUUAUUUAGAAGAUUUAAGUCAAAAUGGGACUUUUAUUAAUAAAGAAAAAAUAGGACGUGGGAACAAAGUAGUAAUUGAAAGUAAUGAUGUUAUAUCUUUAGCACAACCAAUAGUUACUGUUUAUGUAUUCAUGAGCACAAUAGCAUUUGAAAAUAAUGACUUACCAUUAGAACUCAAGAAUAAAUAUGCAGUUUCACGUAGAUUAGGAUCUGGGGCAUGUGGGGAGGUGAAAAUGGUUUUUUCUAAAGUUGGCUGUAAAAAAUUUGCCAUGAAAACUAUCAUGAAAAUGGGUACUGCAACAAAUGGUCAGAAACAUCCAUUAAAUGAUCCAGACAAGAUCUUAAAUGAAGUUAAAAUAUUAAAAGCUCUGCAACAUCCUUGUAUAAUUAAAAUGGAAGAAAUUGUGGAUACUCCAAGAGCAGUGUACAUAGUUCUGGAAUUAAUGGAAGGUGGUGAACUUUUUGAAAGAAUAAAAAGCAGAGGCAAAUUGGGAGAAAAACAUGCCAAAUUAAUCUUUUAUCAAGUUGUAUUAGCUGUUAAUUAUCUUCAUGACUCUGGUAUAACUCAUAGAGAUUUAAAGCCAGAAAACAUAUUAUUAGCUUGUAAUUCGGAUAUUACAUUAGCGAAAGUAUCUGACUUCGGUUUAUCAAAAUUAGUUGAUGCACAAACUAUGAUGAAAACUUUUUGUGGAACUCCGAUGUAUGUUGCACCCGAAAUAUUAUCUACCAUAGGACGUGGUUCUUACACGAAUCAAGUAGAUGUUUGGAGCUUAGGAGUAAUAUUAUAUGCUUGUUUAAGUGGCUCAGUUCCCUUUAAUGCCCAAAAUAAAAAUAUCAGUUUGCAGGAACAAAUAAAAAGAGGAUAUUAUAGUUUUCCUGUUUCCAAAUUUGGUGACGUUACUGAAAAAGCUAUAGACUUGAUUAAGAGAAUGAUGACGACGAAUCCGAGGAAACGUAUAACAAUAAAGCAAGUAUUGUUACAUCCUUGGUUACAAGAUCGUGAACUUCGAGAUACCGUGGAUACAUUAAUUUUAAAAGAACAUAAUGAAAAUAUAGCACCUGAAAAUAAUUUCGCUAAUAUCCAGCGUAAAAAUGAACAGUGUCAAAGUUUAAUAAAACGUCCACGAUUGGAAUUAUAAGUAUAAAUAUAUAAGAUUAAGUAAUAUACAAUUGAUGAGCUGCCAUUUUGAAGUUAAUUAUUACAGGUUGAUUUCAGUAAAUAAAAUGAUAAAGUUUUUCAUUUUUGUAAAGGAAUCUGUUCCAAAGGAUGUUAUUCAAAUUAUGUGAGCUCUAAUUUAUUUGUUACACGUAUGUUUUUUAUUACACAGAAAUUAAUAUAAAAUCAGAAAUAACAUACUCUACUAUAAUUCUUUAGAUUAAUUGAUAGUGAUAUGAAAUGUUAUUACAGUUUAAACUGAUUUAAUUUACUAAUGCAGUUAUGGUAUUGAUAAAAUUAAGUCUUAUUGAUUGUAAAGAUAUUUAGUAAAAAGAAGUAUGGAUGUAUACCUAAAUGUUGUUCAAAUAGUUAUUUAAAAAGAAUUAUUUUUGUACCUCACAUUCUCGAUCGCUGACAGUAUUAAACGUUUGUUAAAUAUAUAUGUGAAUAUGUGUGAUGUUUUUCUACGGAAAGUUAGUAUGAUAAAAGUAGCAAUCUCCGUGUCAGGAAAAUGACUAUUGCGAUAAUUUGUUUACUUAAAACAAACAAGAUCUUGUACAGAAUAAGAAAAAUAAAUAUAUAUACAAUGACAAA